GCCGGGUGACGCUGCCGGGUAACGCCCGCGGGUGCGGGCCGAGCGCAGCCGCCUCGCGCAGCGGCACCGGGGGGCGCUCGCGGCCCCCGCGCGGCGGCGGCGGCGGCAGGGCAAGAUGGCGGCGGCCGCUCCCGAGCAGCAAAGUUCUAACGGGCCGGUGAAGAAGUCGAUGCGAAAGAAGGCUGUGGAGCGCAGGAACGUCAAUAAGGAGCACAACAGUAACUUCAAAGCAGGAUACAUUCCCAUUGAUGAAGACCGUCUCCACAAGACAGGGUUACGUGGCAGGAAAGGCAACUUGGCCAUAUGUGUGAUUGUUGUUCUUUUUAUUUUGGCCGUCAUCAAUCUGAUUAUUACCCUGGUUAUCUGGGCAGUGAUAAGAAUUGGUCCCAAUGGUUGUGACAGUAUGGAAUUUCACGAGAGUGGUUUGCUGCGGUUCAAGCAAGUGUCUGACAUGGGUGUUAUACAUCCCUUGUAUAAAAGCACUGUAGGAGGGAGACGGAAUGAAGACUUGGUGAUCACUGGGAAUAAUCAGCCUAUUGUAUUUCAGCAAGGAACAACCAAGCUCAGUGUGGAAAAAGACAAAACUUCUAUUACCAGCGAUAUUGGCAUGGAAUUUGUUGACCCACGAACACAAAAUACUUUGUUCAGCACCGACUAUGAAACUCAUGAGUUUCAUCUGCCAAAUGGAGUUAAAAUCUUGAAUGUACAAAAAGCCUCUACAGAGAGGAUUACCAGCAAUGCAACCAGUGAUCUAAACAUAAAGGUUGAUGGUCGUGCCAUUGUCCGGGGAAAUGAAGGUGUUUUCAUCACGGGCAAGACAAUUGAGUUUCGAAUGGGUGGAAACAUGGAACUUAAAGCAGAGAACAGCAUCAUCCUGAACGGAACUGUGAUGGUGAGCCCGUCGCGACUGCCCAGUUCCUCCCACGGGGAGCAGUUCACUAACAGCAACUGGCUGCGCUUCAAGCUGUGCAUGUGUGCGGAUGGCACACUGUUCAAGGUGCAGGUGACGGGGCACAACAUGGGCUGCCAGACCUCGGUGCACCCAUGCGGAGCCACGCACUGAAGCAAACUGCCGCCACCACGGAUCUCCUUUGCGUUUACAUAUGUUUGUAUGAAGUAAUUGCAUGCCUUCAAGGGUUGCUUUUUUUACAGCAGUUUGUACUAACAUUUCUUACAUAGUGUUUUUAAGGAAAGGCUGUUACGGUCAUCAUCCUGUUAGCUGCAAUACUGACACUGAAUCUGUAAGCUUUCAGUGUACAUGCACACUGAAAUACUUUCUUGAACUGGGAUCAGUAGAAUAUAUGUAAAGAACAUGAUCUUGGCAACAACUCUACUGCCUACAGUUGUCUCUAGAGGAGGUUUUUCUCCUAUGUCCCAAGACCCUGAAGACUGCUGAGAACACAACUGCAGUCCAAAGUACUUCGACAGGAAUGUCAACUUUUUGUUGGAAAUAAAUCUCCUUAGGAUGGCUGAAGUGGCAGACUUUUCUUUCUUCUUGAUACAUUGAUUUACCCCAAACUUAGGUGGUUUACCAGAUGUGUACUGAGGGGUAAUGGCAGAUUCAUUUAAAAAUAUCGCAUUAUUUCUGCCAUGUAUUCUCAUGUUGUUAAAAAAAUUGCAAACUAAUACUGAGUAUGGAAAUGUAACUUGAAUUUUGAAGUAGUCUUGUGGUUAUUGAAGUGUUGCUUGAACUUCCAUUCUGUCUGUGCAGUUAAUGCAUCCUGCAGUUAAUUUAUGUGAAGUACUUAUAAAACGUAUUUAUAUUAGAAGUACAUUUUUAAAGAUGUACUUGCAACUUGCUUACUACCCAAAAAUAGUGUUUUCCUGAGUGUUCUGAUGUGAACAGUCCAUUACUCAAUAGGUAAUAAUCUAAGCCUAACUGUUGCAGCAGUGUCAGUAUUUCCCCAUAAAUGUCAGUACUGAUGCUUUACUGAGAACAUCAGAAUUAAAUUCUGAAGGUAAACUGCAGGCCUGGAAACCUAGAUGUGAUGUAGGAUAUCAGGGUAAACACAUGUAUCAGAAUUUGUCAGCAGUGAAACCAUGUGAACUGGGGCUGUUACAGCCUUCCAAAGGCUUUUGCAGCAGUGAUGUGUUUUGUGCUAAAAAUAGACCAGCUAUUUAUAAGGUUCCUUCUUUCCCCACCCCAUGUAUUUCUUCAGUUUAAAAUAGCUUUGUUUUGCAGUAGCAUCAAGUAACCUUAAUAUUGGAGGUCUCAAAAAGCUGUUUGUAACAACUUUUUGACAAGUUUUUUGAUAAGCACACACUUCUUUACCUAAAAGUUGUGCGAGUUUUACACAUUAACUUCAGAAUUGAUUAUUUGUUACACAAAGGUGAACGAUCUACCUUUGUUUUACAAUGCUUAAAGUACAUAGAAUUCCAUAAAAUACAGAUCAGUUCCUGCUGUAAGAAGAAAUUCAACUCUAAGGCCCCAAUUUCGGAACUUAGUGGAAGGCAGUAAAUGCUCCUGCAGAAUGUGUAUGGGUGGAAGUGAUUUCUGGAGGGAUAUUCAUAAGUCAGGCAUUACAGCACAUGGCAGAGGUCAGAGGAGUCAUAUUUCUCUCACUGCUCAAAGGCAAAGCCAGAUUUUGAUGCUCAGUAGGUUGGGGUUUUGGGGCGGGACAGCAUUGGAGCUGUUCUGACAAAAUCAGAGUAAACAGAAUAUAAUGUAGCAAAACCCCCUGAGUUCUCACAUUAAAGAUUAUAGGGAAGUACUAACAUUUUGCAUACUGCCUUUAUGGACCUCAUAGUUUUAUCAGAUUUAAUAGUUGCUGAACACUUUAACACACAUUUUGCUGCUUUACACCCAUCUUUGCUGCUAAGCAGUACCUCAAUAUCUGUUACAGUUAAAAGGAGGAAAUAAACUAACGUUUUUAGAAUUUUCACUCUCAUGCUAAUGGAAGCUUGUCACUUUAUUUUUAUGUAUACAAAUGCAAAAAACAUAAUAAAAAUAUAAAGAGCAGUAUCCUCAAA